CUGCCAUUUGCCAUCUCCUGGUCAAAGGCUACCUCAUCCUUCCUGGAGCUGCCAAAUUUGACUUCUUGCUCACCCUUGACAUCGAGGUCAUAGGAAAUCCAGCAGAAUCUGACAUCCUUCCGCACAUACCCCCAGCCCUGGUGAAAGCCACCCCCAUCUCACCUGGAUGGCAGGUGCUCACUGCUCACCACUCUUGGGGUGGCGGUCGGUUCUCAGCAGAGCAGCCUAAGUGAGCCUGUUCAAGCCAAAGUCAGGUCACGUCCCUCCCCUGCUCACAAUGCUCCCUGAAAGCCACAUUUCCAGCCACAGCCCCUGGCUCUGCGUGAUCUGGGCCUGCUCGUCCCCCUCCGGUCUGCCCUCCUUGCAAUCGCAUACUCCCAGCAGACACACCCUCCCCGAGUAUGGGCUGCUCCUUCUGCCUGCGGCCUGCUUCCCUUGUACCACCAUCUUCAAGUCUCCCUCUCCAUGGUGAUGCUCGCCCUGACCACCCUAUUUGUCACCAAACCCUCUCCCCGCUACCCUUCAGCCUGCUUUAUUUUUCUCCAGAGCGUGACUCUUUCUCAUGUAUGAUGUUACUUGACUCAUUUAUUUUUAGUUUACUGCGGUCCCCUGCCCCACCCCGUAUGCGUGCUCCGCAGGGGCAGGGGCGCUCGUCUGCCUUGUCCCCUUCCUCCCAGGGCCAGCACAGUGCCUGGGGCACAGCCAGCUUCCAGUAAGCAGGUGCUGAGUGAAUGGUUGAUGAUGGCUGGGGGAGCACCCUGCCAUGCAGUGGUGACUGUUCCAUCCACUGCUGGUCUUCACUAGUCACUGGUGGACUCUGUGGAGCCCUGUCACCCCGCUUAGGUUGAACUUGGCAGCCGGAAGGGACUCCGAAUGCUUUACCACUGGAUAAAAUCGUGUGUGUGUCACUGAGCAAGUUACACCCUCCCUCUGGCCUCAGUCUCCUCAUCUAUAAGAUGGGGGUGACAACAGUACCUGCUUCAUGUUGGGAGGAUUCGGUUGAGUUUGUGCAUGUAAUAUACUCAGGACAGUAGCUGGCUUGUAAGCGUAGGUGACCACCAUCAGCUUUAUUGUCAUGUCUAAUGGUUUCUCUAUAAAGCUUUAUAAUGGAGGCAGAAAUGCUGCCAGCUGGGGCCUAAUUUGGUCCCAUGGUUUAGCCUACAACCAGGCCACCUGCACAAGGGAGGGAUCCGUCUCGGCUGUGAGGAGGGAGAGAGGCGCUGGCUUGGGAAGAGAAUUUAUGUUCAGGUCCUGAUUUGGCCACCUUCAUGUCCUUUGAGAAAAAUCUCAAAUGGACCCACCACAUACCCCACUCAUUUUUCUGAGUCUCAGUUUACCCAUAUAUAAAAAUGUGACAAUUAAAAGACCUCCCAGGGUAGAUGAGACUUUCAUGCAACCCUUGGUUCCAGUGCUUAUUUAUUUAUUCAGUUUCUUAUUAAAUGCUACUCAGUCAAAAACAUUUAUUUGAAGCACUUAUCAAAAUACAUAAAGGUAAGAUAAAAAGUGAUCAGGCCAGGAAUAAGAGUUGAAAAAAUACAUGUGGCCAGGAGUGAAGUUGUCCCAGAAAAUGUGGUCUGUGAGACACCAACCUGCUCCAGGCCGGCCACCAUGUGCUUUUGAGUCUCAUUAGGCAGCCCGAGCAAUGAGCGAGACACACUCAGUUCCUGGAAUCAUCUCCGUUGGGACCGUAUCAAGGGGCCUCACCCCAAAGGCCCCAGUGAAAGGGGGAUCCCAGGCACUAGUGAGUCUGUCUUCCGAAGGAUACUGCCACCGGAUGUAAUCAGAUCUUGAAAGCCAGCCUAGCUAGGGCAUCUGGGUCAGUGUGACCUCGGUGGGGCCACAGGGGCCCUUCUGCGCUAAGCAGGGUGUUCUCCUGCCUCCCUGAGUUCCUCCUACCUUGCUAAUAAUGCCUUUGUUCACUGCUGCCGGGGGAUUUAGCCCUGGCCCGCCCUCUGCAGCUCACAAGCCAGUUUGGUCCCGCAAGGGCUGGGGCUGGAGUAUGUCCCACAGAGGCAGAAGGAUCAGGGCUGCCAUGCCGGGUCCUGAAAGCCCUCAGGUGGGUCACCGUGGGGGUGUCUGCUGUGCUGACCUGUCUGCAGUGUUGCCUUGUGCCUGGUCCCUGCCACAGCGGGAAUUCCUGGCCACCUGCCUUUAUUGGGCCUCACCCCCUUGCCCCACCACUCCCCUGCUGGCCUGGUCUUGCUUUGCCAGAGCAGGCUGGACUUCACCAUAGAGAGGAGCCCAGAAGGUCCACUUCAAAGUGUGGCCAAGGAGCAGUGCCUCCCUCCCACCUUCCCCAAAGCCAGUGAAAACCAGCCCACCUCUGCCCUGGGACAGCUAGGUCAGGCCCUCAUCCCCAUUGGCCUGCCUGCAGUCAGCUGUGCCAGCCACCCGAGGGGCGGCUCCAGGAGGGCCGGGCAUUUAAACGGGUGGAGGUGGGACAUCUUGGACCUGAUGGCGCAAGCACCACCCUGGCCAGUGGGGGUGAGGACCCGGCUGUUCCUCGCUAGCUUCCUCAGGGCUCCUCACCAAGGGGAGGCCUGGAAGGGCAUGUAGCACAGGAGUCAAGCCACCCACAUCCCUCCCCCAGCUUUUGUAACUCUGAGCAGGUCCCUGAUGUCCCCUACAUCCUGGCUUCCUCCCCUAUCAAAUGAAAGUGUUGGAGGAGAUGGUCCUUAAACUCAUUCUAGAUCAAAGAUUUCAUGAUUCUGCCCCUUCUGACCAUUUAGCUUAGAGAUUAUGUUGGACUUUUCCAAUCUUGAGAGAAAUGAAAGUUAUUAAGCACCUGUUGCACCAGGAAUCCUGUACCCAUUUCACAGAUGUAGAAAUUGAGGCUCAGAAUGGUGAGGAGCCUUGCAUAAGGUCACAGUAGUUCGUAGCCAGGUGUAUAUUUUUCUGUGCUAACCUCAAAGAUAGAGAGUAAGGUGGAGAGUAUGGAAGGAAGUCACCCAGAUGACCCAGAGAAGAACCUGAGAAGUAAGGAAAACCAUAGAAAGGACCUUUUUUUUGUUGUUGUUGGUAUCAUUAUGUACAAUUACAUGGGCAACAUUACAGUUAUUAGACUCCCCCCAUUAUCAAGUCCCCACCACAUACUCCAUUAGAAAGGACCAUUUUAAGGAAAAGAAUGUUCUAGGUGGAAGGAUGGUACCCCACUCACAGGGACCUGUGGAAGGCGAAAUGAAAACACCAGAUGCCAAAGGAUGAAGAUGAGACGCUACAAGCUCUUUCUGAUGUUCUGUAUGGCCGGCCUGUGCCUCAUCUCCUUCCUGCACUUCUUUAAGACCCUGUCCUAUGUCACUUUCCCCCGAGAACUGGCCUCCCUCAGCCCUAAUCUCGUGUCCAGCUUCUUCUGGAACAAUGCCCCCGUCACGCCCCAGGCCAGCCCAGAGCCAGGCAGUCCUGACCUGCUGCGUACCCCGCUUUAUUCCCACUCUCCCCUACUCCAGCCGCUGUCACCAAGCAAGGCCACCGAGGAACUCCACCGGAUGGACUUUGUACUGCCCGAGGACACCACCGAGUAUUUCGUCCGAACCAAAGCCGGGGGCAUCUGCUUCAAACCCGGUACCAAGAUGCUGGAGAAGCCCCCAUCAGGGCGGCCAGAGGGGAAGACGGAGGGGGGCGACGGCUCGUCAGCCCGGGGCCCCGCCCGGCACCUGCUGAGCGCGCGGGAGCGCCCGGGGGGCCGCGGCGCGCGGCGCAAGUGGGUGGAGUGCAUGUGCCUCCCGGGCUGGCACGGGCCCAGCUGCGGCGUGCCCACCGUGGUGCAGUACUCCAACCUGCCCACCAAGGAACGCCUGGUGCCCCGGGAGGUGCCGCGGCGGGUCAUCAACGCCAUCAACGUCAACCACGAGUUCGACCUGCUGGACGUGCGCUUCCACGAGCUGGGCGACGUGGUGGACGCCUUCGUGGUGUGCGAGUCCAACUUCACAGCCUACGGGGAACCGCGGCCGCUCAAGUUCCGGGAGAUGCUGUCCAACGGCACGUUCGAGUACAUCCGGCACAAGGUGCUCUACGUCUUCCUGGACCACUUCCCGCCGGGCGGGCGGCAGGACGGCUGGAUCGCCGAUGACUACCUGCGCACCUUCCUGACGCAGGAUGGCGUGUCGCGGCUGCGCAACCUGCGGCCCGAUGACGUCUUCAUCAUCGACGACGCCGACGAGAUCCCCGCACGGGACGGCGUGCUCUUCCUCAAGCUCUACGACGGCUGGACGGAACCCUUCGCCUUCCACAUGCGUAAGUCGCUGUACGGCUUCUUCUGGAAGCAGCCGGGCACCCUGGAGGUGGUGUCAGGCUGCACGGUGGACAUGCUGCAGACGGUCUAUGGGCUGGACGGCAUCCGCCUGCGCCGCCGCCAGUACUACACCAUGCCCAACUUCCGGCAGUACGAGAACCGCACGGGCCACAUCCUGGUGCAGUGGUCUCUGGGCAGCCCCCUACACUUUGCCGGCUGGCACUGCUCCUGGUGCUUCACGCCCGAGGGCAUCUACUUCAAGCUCAUAUCCGCCCAGAACGGAGACUUCCCCCGCUGGGGGGACUACGAGGACAAGCGGGACCUCAAUUACAUCCGGAGCUUGAUCCGCACCGGGGGCUGGUUCGACGGCACGCAGCAGGAAUACCCGCCGGCCGACCCCAGUGAACACAUGUAUGCACCUAAGUACCUGCUCAACAACUAUGCCCAGUUCCGCUACCUGCUGGACAACCCCUACCAGGAGCCCAAGAGCACAGCAGCAGGUGGGCGGCGGAGCAAGAGUCUGGAGGGCAGGCCACCCGCCAGGGGCAAAUUGGAUGCAGUUGGAGGUUAAGGCUGCGUGAUUUUAUAGGGCCAGUGGCAGAGUUGGGGUGGUGGCUACCCCUCCUAUUAUCUUCCUGCCACCCUCUGCCUUCUGGCUGGUUCUCAAGAGGACCAGGAGUGGAUGGGUGGGAGAAGGGUCAGGUCUGUGAGCUCACAAAACCUCCUUCCCCAUCGGGAGAGAUGAGUGAGGCCCUUGGGGCCGGCGAGAGUGCUACGGCCAGGAGGUUCCAACUGAGAGUGUGUGAUGGUUCCUGGGAAGCAAGGGAGGGCAGUGGGGUGGGGCAGGGAGACUGCAGGAACUCCCCAGGGUGGCCAGAGGAAGCUGGGCCCCUGCUGGGAGAAGCCCACCAUUUGGCUUCCAGGGGCUUUGGACCUGUGGUGAGAAAGGGGACAGGGAUGCCAGGAAGUCUUGGGGCUCUGUAAAUAGAUGCACUUGGGUCCAGGAGGAGGAGGGGGCCCCAAGGUGGGAUGGAAUGCCAAGCGGCCUCCAGUUGGGAUAAGCACAGUGUCCUCAGAAGUGCUGGACCAGACGGAGCUGAGACCUCCACCGUCUGCCGCACAGGACACCCCUGCUCUGGAUGGUGUCUGUGCUCCCGGGCCCUCCUAAGCUGACGUAGGCCUGGGGUUUAGGGAACCCAAGAGGAGAGGUUUCUUUUGGUCACAAAUCUGGCCUCGACAUCCCUUCUUUGUGCAUUGCUGUCUUGUGGGCUGCCCACUCUGACCUUUUGAGGCCCAGAGUCCAGUUCUCAGGGCAGGAUGGAGCCUAGUAGGUCAGACCUGGGACGGGGGUGCGUGGGGUGAGAGGAGGCUCCCAUCACCGCUUUCCACUGGAACCCACAGCCCCAGCUCCCCACCAGCUCAGGUGGAGUCACCCUUGUGUCCCUCCUUGGGGCUGGCUAGGGGCCAGGAAGGGUCUUGAGGCUGCCCUCGGCCUAAGAGGGACAUCAAGGCCGGUUGUAUGCCAUCUCAUUCCUCUUAGUUUGCCUCACAGAGGUGGGGGAUGUAUUUGUCAGAGUAGAUUCUAAGCUGCUAUAAUUAAGAGACCCCAAAAUACAAUGUUUUAAGCAAGGCAAGUUUGUUUCUAACUUAACUGUCUCGAGGGAGAUGGUCCAGAGUUAGCAGGGCCCCGCUCCCUGCUUUUCUUCAAACACACCUUCCAAUUCUGGACAGAAUGGUGCAUCCAGGCCUGGGGGGAGCAGAGAAAGGUUAGGGAAGUGCACACCCUUUCCUGUUAAGGGCAUGAGCCAGAAACACGUGGUCACCUCUGAUCACAUUUUACAGGCCAGGACUUAGUCACAAGGCCAUAAGUGGCCGCAAGGGAAGCUGAGAAAGGUAGUCUAAAGCUGUGCUGCCUCAUGCGUGGCCUCAGCUGGGGGGCCACUCAGUAAAGGAAGGAGGAGAGGAUUGUAUGUGGGGACAGGGAGCAGCUUUGGCCCAGGGGGAAGGGACAAGGGGUAGUAAUGACUGGUGGAAUCUUUGGAUCCUGCUCUGCUGUUCAGAGCUCCUGGAACAACCUGUUCUUGCACCCCCUCACUGCCAGCCCAGAGCUGGGGUGAAGGCUGGGAUGCCCCCUCCCGUGACCCCCUCAGACGUUCAUCCAGUGACGCCAGAUGCAGAGGCUGCCUGGGGAGCGGUACAUGUCUGUGCGUGUGUGUGUGUAUUUAUGGGCAUGGGUGCAUGCUUGGUGUGGACUUGUAUGUCUCUGUCACUGUAUCCUUGUAAAUAUGUGCUUGUGUGGGGUGUGGGCGCAGGGCCCAGGUCUCCUCUUCCCCAGGACCUGGAGUCAUGGCCACACCUCCUGCAACUCCUCAAAAUGACUGAGGCAGAAAGCCCUUGGAAAGCCUGGAAAACAAGGCUAAAAGGGACA